AUGGCCGCCCCUCAGGUCGACGCCGGCAGCGACCUGCAAGCUAAGAUCCAAGCUGCAGUUCAGCCCAAGCUCGUCGAGAACGGCUGGGUUGACGAGGAGAACGACUCCACCCUCUCAGAAUAUGUGACGAUGAUGAUUGUGAAUGGAAAGGACGCCAAGGGAGUCCAGGCAGAACUCGGCGGUGACUUGCUUGGUGUCGGAGAAGAUGAUCCUGGAGUAGGUGCCUUUGCGCAGUGGCUAUUUGACACCGUGCGCCAGCUUUCAGCGCCUCAGCAGCAGCAGCAGAGCGGAGCACAACCACAAAAGCAGCAGCAGCAGCAGACGCAGCCGAUCCCCACUGUCCAAGAUGCGCAGAUGGAAGACACCACAGCAGCGGCCGACGCACCCCCGACCGGCCCUCGAUCGAUGCGCAACGGCAGCACCCAAGGCCGUGGCCGAGGUGGACGCAUGCUCGGUCAGAUGAACCGACAGAUGGACAGAAACACCGACCUGCCCGACAACCUCCGCAGAAUCAAAGGCGCCUCGGGCAUUGCCGCAGGCCGCAUCAACUCCCACUCCGGCCGCGACGGCCCACCACGAGGUCCUCGAGGAUCAGGAGUCGCCAACGGAGUCCAGCGUAUGAUGAACGGCGGACGCGGCGCUCACCAGAACAACAUGCCCGGCAUGCCGAAUCCGAUGAUGGGCGGCGGUCCCGCAAAUCCUCAGCAACAGAUGCAGUUCAUGCAGAUGAUGGAGAUGCAGACCAACAUGAUGGCGCAGCUUAUCGCAAGCGGACAGAUGCCCAACAUGAACGGCAACUUUCAGAACCAGAAUCAGCGUGGCGGCAGAGGAGGUUCAAGAGGCGGACGAGGUGGCAACAAGCAGCUACACGCAGUCAACGGCAAGAUGCCCGAAGGCGCACUUCCCGGCAGCAACACCAACGCAGGUGGCUCAGGUAUGGAUAUCGAUGGCGAGGAGACUAAUCACGGCGACAAGUUCUCGACGUUGUGUCGCUUCAACCUCACCUGCACCAACCCAACCUGCGGCUUCGCGCAUCAGUCGCCCGCCGCACCACCAAACGCCCCCGUCGACCUGUCAGAUACCUGCGCCCACGGCGCCGCCUGCACCAACCACAAGUGCAGCGCACGCCAUCCAUCCCCCGCCCAGCGCAGCCAGAACGGCAAGCAAGAAGUCGACUGCAGAUUCUUCCCCAACUGCACGGCCGGCGCCAACUGCCCAUUCCGUCACCCAACCGAGAAGCCGUGCAAAUUCGGCGGCGACUGCACGAACCCGGGGUGCAAGUUCGCCCACCCCAAGAUCAUGUGUCGGUACAAUCCAUGCCUGAACCCCAGCUGCAUGUUCAAGCAUGCCGACGGACAGAAGCGAGGUAAGUUUGAGGACAAGGUGUGGACGUCGAACGGCGGAGGGGAGGACGGCAGCAGCGGCAAAGCAGACAGAUUCGCGGAUUUCGCGAAGCAGACGGAGAAUGGUGAAGAGGAACUCGUGCUUCCUGGACAGAGCAACGGACAGCAGCAGCAGCAAGAGCAGCAGACGACCGGCGGAGGUGGAGGUGAUGUCGAAGCGAUGGAUCAGAGUCAGCAGCCUCAGGGCGACAGCUCGAGUUCGGGACAGAUGGAGACGCAGAUCGUCGUCUAG